GCCGAACCGCUUCGCAUUCAGUUGCAUUUCGUUUGUCGUUCCGAGUGGAUUUCCGUCUCGCCGUCUAUAACGCCUUGUCUGAGAGAUAGAGCACAGUGUGUGGAUUGGGCCCUAAUCAAAUCAUCAGUGAAUGUCCUCUAGCUUCAGUGAUAGUGUUCUUAUGGACAGUUCAAAAAGUGGUUCUACUGGCUUCAGUGUGAAAGCGAAGCUUGGGUGAUUAGAGAACCGAGCAGUGGAAGAGAACGUGGAGAUUUCUACGUCGCAGCAAGAACGUAUAGGGGAUAGACUCACCUGCCGUUGUUUCCAGAUAGGCAACGGGGAUUUAACAUUUCACUCCUGUCUGCUAACUGAAAGGAAUGCCCUUUAACUGCAGUCGCGACUGUGUUGGUAUUAGAUACCGCAUCAACUCCCUGCACCAGACCUGGAAGUGGCUGCACCAGACCAUCGCCCUGCAUGAAUAUCUCAUCUCUAUGAGCGCUUCUGACACGGACGCUUUCGGGCAAGAAGGUAUCGAGUGCUAGGAGAAGAGCUCAGUGCCAGUACCAGUAGUUAAUUCAUAGAAACCGUAUAGCCUUCUACAUAAUCUAUCGUGAGUUAAGAGAAAGUGUUAACUGAUCCGUAAACCAAUCAGUUCCGUAGUGUUAAAGUGAAAAGUGCGAAGAUUGUCAACUUUUUUCCUCUGGCGAAAAAGAACGUUUAACUAGUCAAUUCAAACGUGAACGAAAUCACACGAACUGUCUGUGUCGAGAAACUGUCAAUGAACACUGCCAACAUCGAAAAAAAAAGUUU